CCAAACUGCAGAAAGUAAUACUAUCAAACUAAAAUCUUUCACUUGGUUGAAAAAGGACAACAGCAGGAAUGAUUCGAUGCUAUACGCAUAUGCCUAGUGAACAAAUGUGUCUACUGAAUAAUGCCUAGUCCAGCCCAGCGACAAUGAAAUGGGGGGACUUUUCCACUAUAUCCAUAUCAUUAUUCAAGUCAAAGUCUUCUUUUGCAGUCAGAGACUAGCUGUUUCCAUCUCCAAUAGUCAACCAAAUCAUGAUUCUUCUAAUAGAGUGAUAGGUGGAAUCAUUGACUUGUUCGCCUGCAGGCUCCUACUUUUCUCUGAACAACAUAUGAUCGAAUGCAUACAGCUAUAAAUUUUACUCGUAACUUUAACAACUCUACUGAUACAUAUGCAUUAGUAUCACAGAAAAACCAGAAACAACAACACAAUCUCACGACUCCAGUACCCUCCAUGGAUGCAGCUUUAGCUCUUCGUCUCCUGCUUAUUGUAGCCACUACCACUUCCUGCUCCGUGUAUGCACACUGCAUCACAAAAGAGAGGGAUGCACUGCUCUCGUUUAGAGCUGGCAUCACAAGUGAUCCACAGAACCUCCUUGCCUCGUGGAGUGGCAAGGACUGCUGCCAGUGGAGAGGUGUCAAGUGUAGCAACAACACGGGCCAUGUCAUCAAGGUCGACCUCCGCAACAAAUUCUUCCUAGAUGAUCUCUUUGCUCCAUUCUAUUCUCCCAGUUUUCGCGGGAUGCACGGGAAGAUAAGCCCCGGUUUACUCACUCUGCAUCAUCUGAAGUAUCUUGAUCUCAGUGGGAACCAUCUCGGGGGAGCAGGCAUACCCAUACCAAGUUUCCUGGGCUCCCUCCGAAGACUGAUAUAUCUCAAUCUCUCUUGCAUGAAUUUUGAUGGUAUGGUGCCUCCUCAACUAGGCAAUCUUUCUAAACUGCAAUAUCUUGACCUUGAUAACUCUUACUAUGAUUAUUACGGUAAUGUUUUACUAAGUGUGGAUAUGUCCUGGUUACCACAUCUCCCUUUUCUAAGGUUUCUUGACAUGAGUGGCUUCAAUCUUAGUGCCAUUGGCCAUUGGGUUCAAGUGGUUAACAUGCUUUCUAAUUUAAGGGCCCUUCAUCUUCGUCAGUGCAAACUUGUUUUUAAAUACACACCUCUUGUAUAUCGAAACCUCACGUCCCUUCAGAUGGUUGAUCUAACAAAUAACAUGAUCGAAAACUUGAAUCCCACCUAUUGGUUUUGGGAUGCUGGCACCAUUAGGCAUCUUGACCUAUCAUACAAUAUGGCUGUCGGUCCACUUCCAGACGCAGUAGGGAAUAUGACUUCACUUGAAGUACUCCGUCUUGGAGGCAAUAACUUCUGUGAUGUGAAGGCAAAAACACUGAAAGAUAUAUGCAAUCUGAGAGAGUUAACAUUGAGUUCAAAUAGCAUCAAUCAAGAUAUUUCAGAAUUUUUGCAGGGGUUGCCUUCAUGUGCAUGGACUAAGUUGGAGUUGUUAGAUCUAACUUCAACCAAUAUCAGUGGGGAAAUUCCGAACUGGAUAAACCGAUGGACUAAUCUGAGCAUUCUUCAACUCUCCGCUAAUAGGCUUGUUGGAUCAGUACCUCUUGCAAUUGGUUCGCUCAGCAAGCUCAGUCAGCUAUAUCUAGAUUACAACCAGUUCAAUGGCUCUAUAUUGGAGGAACAUUUAUCCAGUCUAGUGAAUUUGAAGGAAUUGGACUUGUCUUACAACUCCCUGAACAUGAUGAUCAGGCCGAAAUGGAAUCCUCAGUUUCAACUGAGUCUGGCUUAUUUCCCAGGUUGCAAAAUGGGGCCUCGAUUUCCUUUGUGGAUUCAAGGGCAGAGGGAUGUUAGCUAUUUUGACAUUUCUGACGCAGACAUAGUUGAUAAUUUGCCAGAUUGGUUUUGGAGUGUGUUUUCAAAUGUUACAUACUUGAACAUAUCUUAUAACCAAAUUAGUGGAAGGCUACCAAGGUCACUAGAAUUUAUGUCUUCAGCUCAGAUAUUUGACCUCAACUCCAACAACCUCACAGGCAUGCUACCACAGUUACCAAAGCAUUUGGUAGAACUUGACAUCUCCAAAAACUGCCUAUCAGGGCCACUACCGCGAAAAAUUGUAGCCCAAAACCUUUCAGAUUUAUUGCUUUCUGACAACUAUAUCAGUGGUGCUAUUCCAAGUUAUAUAUGUCAACUGCCGUUCUUGUCAGUUUUGGAUCUGGCAAAGAACCGUCUGGUCGGACAGCUUCCCUUGUGUUCGAAACAAUCAUUCAUUUCAGCUCUGAUCUUGUACGAUAACCUCCUGUCAGGCAAAUUUCCUUCAGUUUUGCAGAGCUGCCCUGAUUUGAUUCUACUUGACAUUGCUGAAAACAAAUUUACUGGAGAGUUACCAGCAUGGAUAGUGAACAAAUUGCCUCAGCUGUCCUAUCUUCGGUUGCGUAAUAAUUUGUUCUCAGGCUCUAUUCCGCAUCAGCUCACAGAGCUUCAGAACCUACAGUUCUUGGACCUUGCAAAUAACAGUAUAUCAGGUUCAAUACCUCGUUCAUUGUUCAAUUUGAAAGCAAUGAUGCAGGAUCAUUAUCACCGAAAAAUAGCGGAUAAUCCUUUAAGGUGGAGUUAUUCUAGACCUGGAUCUACCGAAAUCUUUGAUGCAAAAUAUGAUGACACCCUAGAAGUGGUAGUGAAAGGCCAAUAUCUUGAUUACACCAGUAACAUUGCAUACAUGGUUUGUCUCGAUCUGUCCCAUAACAAUUUAUUCGGUGAGAUUCCAAAUGAAAUAACAUCUCUUGUCGGACUGAUGAGCUUGAACAUCUCCCAUAAUCAUUUGUCCGGUAAGAUUCCAGAAAAGAUCGGCCAACUGCAAUCCCUAGAGUCUCUCGAUCUGUCAUGGAACGAACUCUCUGGCGAAAUUCCUGCCAGUCUCUCAGGCAUGACAAUGUUAAGCAAGCUGAACCUGUCGUACAAUAAUCUCUCAGGAAGAAUACCCUCAGGGAAUCAGCUGCAGACACUAAUCGAUCCAGCUUCCUCAUACAUUGGCAACAACUAUCUCUGCGGGCCUCCUGUUUCCAGGAACUGCUCAGGGCCCGAGGUGGCUAGAGGUCAUCAUGAUGAGCAUCAAUCAGAUUCAGAUGUGAGGUACUUGUAUGUUGGGAUGGCUGUAGGAUUUGUUUUGGGCCUUUGGCUGGUCUUUGUUACAUUCUUAUUUGCUAGGACGUGGAGAGCUGCUUAUUUCCACAUGUUUGACAAGCUACUGUGCGGACUAGAAACUUCUGUGGCUGGAAAUUUUCGAAGGUGUUAGGAAAACUGUAUGCCAAAUAAGGAUAAGAAUUACUACCUAUGUCUAAUUGCAACAAUUUUGUAUGUACAUAAAGAAAUAUGAGAAUGAUGUUUUUUUUAA